GAUAUAUGUUCUAUCUAACAGUGUCUAUGGUAUAUUUAUUUGGCGGUGAUUUAUAACUCUUUACCAUCGAUGAGUCCAACGUAUUACAAAUGGGUUGUACUUCCGGCUUACUUCCGGGUUUGAAAAAUUAAACAAAGAAUUGAACAUAAACUCACAGAUCCAUUUUCUGCCUUCAGUUAAAUGAAAGAUACAUCCAAGAAGCAAUAGAGCACCUUUUCUCAUAAAUAAAGUCUACAGAGAGAUAGUGAAGUUCCAUGUGGACGAAUAUCAUUUUUGGAUUGUACUAUCGGCAAAAUCCACAACAAGGGAGAGCUGUAGCCAAUAAUGAAAGUGGUUAGGUGAUAAUAUUGAACGCCGUUGUCUUCGAAUUUCCCGGUGCUGUAACAGCAGCUGAUCGAAUCGUCUUUUGAUCGACAUCUUGUCCAGUGAUAGAGUGAAAGGGCGUAAAUUUGGUAAGAGUUCGUACGCCCUAGGCACAGGAACAUGGCUGUAGAAGGACGAUGGAGGCUCGUGAGUCUGAAUAAUAUGGAGGAAUUUCUCCUCAAAAUAGGCUUGUCAAAAGGUUUCCGAAAUAACAUCCUUAGUGACACAGAAGUCGCUCACUUCAUAUCCCAAGAUGGCAACAAAUGGACCAUCAAAGAAGUGUCUAAAUUUGGGACACGUUCAACUUCAACAUUUGAACUUGGAAAGGAAUUUGAAGAAAUGACAGUUGAUGGUCGUCAAAUUCACAUUGUCUAUUCGAUCGAUGGUGACAACUUAAAGAUGAGCCAAAGAGGCGAUUUUGACUGCACAACUAUCAGAGAACCAAUAGAUGCAAACACAUUGAGAGCGAGUUACACGUGCGGUGAUGCUAUUGGUGUAAUGAACUUCACAAAAAUCCCGGAUGGGGAGUCAUAUGGCGAAUGGCCACCAUCUUUAGAGGACCUUCUUACUUCAAACAAACUUGACGACAUCACCUGGGCUGGAACGCCACAACAGAUACGAGAUGUUUAUGACAUCAUGACAAAAGAGAAAGACAAUUACAAGAACGACGCCAAUUUCCUAUGGAGAUAUGCUUGUUUCAUUCAUUCGGUAGCUCUAGUUCAUUUAGUAGAAAGGAACAAGUCGAAGCACAAGUCUACUUUGGACGAGGCUAACGCAGUGAUGCAAAGAGCGUUUGAACUUAAACCAGAAGACGCCAGGGUAAACAAAUGGUAUGUCACAAUUCUGUGUGCUUUAUCGGAAGCCAAGGGAAUAAUUAAGGAAAAAAUAGAAAAGAGUUUCGUCAUUAAGGAACGAAUUGACAAGGCUAUUUCUCUGAAUCCUGAUGACCCAGUGGCGUAUUAUCUGAGAGGACGAUGGUGCCUUGAGGUGGCGUCCCUUAACUGGAUGCAGAGGAAACUUGCAGCGACAUUUUUCGCGACACCACCAACAGCAACUGUCCCUGAAGGAGUUGAAGACCUCCUCAAAGCUAAUGAAAUAUGGCCACAAUGGAAGGAAAAUGCAUUCUACUUAGCAAAGGCAAUGAUUGACCAGAAAAAGAUUGACAAAGCUAUUGAGAUUCUACAGAGGGCCAUAAAAUGGCCAAUCGUAUCACAAGACGACAAUAUAUUUCAACCAAAGCUACUGCAGCUACUAUAUAUCAAAACAUGAAAUAAAAAUGAAUUCUUCAUGCUCAUAAUGGGAAUUGUAAUCAUCUGCAGUAGUUGAUCAUGAUCUAUAUAACUGAGGGUUGAUUCCACAAUGAACGAGAGAUUUACAAUAAUGGACUUGAUGGAGUUUCUACUCAGAAAUCGAUGUUAUAAUGCAAGCAAUCCCAAUAUGGUGGACAAAGUGACCAUCCUGGAAAGAACAUAUUAUGAUACUUUACCUGUACUGUAAAUUGAUUAAGAACAAUAGGCCUUUCAAAUAAACACCUUGACCUUUCGCUACUCAAAAUUAAAGGAAGGCAGGGAAUAUUGGAAAGUUCCAAGGGGGCAUUAACAAAAAGUGUAUUAAUACGAUUUCAAUACGUU